AAAAAAUAUACUUAUAAAAAACAACAAAAAAAUAAAUAAACGGUGAUUUACUGUAGCCGGUCGCCUUAGUUUCCAACUAAAUUAAAUUAAUUAAAAUAAUAAGAAAAGCAAUUUUCCAGUUGCCUCAUUCGCCUCCACCCUCGAAGACCUGCGAUUUUCCAGCGAUCAAUAAAUCCGCCGGAAAACAGCUGACAAACACACACACACUCAUGCGAAAGUUUAAUUUUCCAGCAGAGAUUUUCCAGAAUGCCGAUUUAUAGGCGAACGUGUAAACACGAUUGAGUCGUAGGUUCCGAAUAUACGUCCAGACAUUUCUCAUAAUAGUCUCAUAUGUGACCAGGAAAAGCCAAGAAACUUCGGAAAAGUUACGGAUUCCUAUAUUUUCCCGUUUUCCAGGCACAAAAUCAUGUAAAUUGAAUCGUGGAAAUGUUGUGUGUGGGUGUACGUUCACCUGUUAUAUGGCGUCUCAGGAUUUAAGGUUAAACUGUUAUAAAAAACCUUCGAUAGCCUAAAACGAGGAUUCCAACGAAUUUUGGUGAAAUAUAAUGGAUUACAUUCGUGAAUUCGAUAUCCAGCUGGAAAGGGAAUACUACUAUGCAGGUGAAAUUAUUUGUGGAAAUGUGAUUUUGGAUACUGUGGAAAAUUUCAAAUUAAGAACCAUAAGGGUAGUGUUAAGAGGGCGAGCACACGCGGAAUGGAAAGUGAUGCUAUCUGGAGACAGACGCACGGUGAAAGGUGACCAGUACUUUAUGGAUCAGAGGCAAACCAUAUGGGGCGAGAAGAACUUGGAAACGACCAUUCCGAUUUUACCUAGAGGGGUGCACAAAUUCCCUUUUAAAUUCACCUUGCCGGAAUCGUCCCUUCCAUGUUCGUUCGAGAGUAAAGCGGCCCAAAUCCGGUAUUUCUUUAAAGUGACCAUCGACAUUCCGUACGCGAGCCCGCCCCAAGGGAUGAAAUAUUUCACCGUCAUAGGGCCACACAUCGACUGCAUGGACGAACAUUAUUUAAAGCCCACCGUAUUGGAGGAUCGUAGGUCGACGUGCUGCUGGUGUUGCAAAAAGGGCACGGUGUCACUCAGGUGCGUACUGGAACGAUCCGCGUACGUUUGUAGGGAAAGUAUUAAAAUCAAAGCCACCAUAGACAAUCAGGGUGAGGAGGAAGUCAAACUGAGAGUGAGGUUAGAGCAAAUUUGCGAGUUUUUUAUCGACAGGGGGGUCCUUGGGGUGUCUAAGGAUCUGAAAAAUGUGGUCCUAGAGUACAAGGGCAACCCAGUGAAACCCCAUAAAAGGAUUAAGUGGGACAGUGGGACGGUCUUGGUUAUACCACCUGUGCCCACCACUUUGGUUAAUAUUUGUCGAUUAAUACAAGUUUUUUAUGUAUUAACUGUCAGUUUAGAUACGGAAAAAGAGCCGGACCUGGUGUCGGUUAAUAUGCCACUGAUUAUUGGUACGGUGCCAUUCAGGAUACCAAAUAGUGAUAAAAGCCCCGCAAUUAAAUAUGAACACGCCUGUUCACAUGUCGAGGGCGGGCAGUAUUUGGCCCCCGAUUUCUUAUUGGGGCAAGUCUACGAUGGAAACGAACAUUACCUAAGGUAGUAAAUUAACUAGACUUUUA